UGCCUAUGGCAGUACCGUCGCGCGAACUCAAGACGCUCCGUUCACUCUGCUGCUGGGUAAACUUUUUUUGGUCUUUUUCCUCAGAAUCCAAUUGAAAAUUCAGUUUGAGGCGGACAUUUUGUCGGAUGAGGUUGUGACGGUGGCGUUUCUAUUGUGUAUUUAUUGGAAUUAAUUUUCGAUUCGGAAUCACCAAUGUUUGGCCGGGGCCAUCCAAGAACAAUGUAAAUGUCGUGGAAAUAUCAAAUAUUCUCGGUUCGUGGCAGUCGGUUAACGUGCGCGUCGUCGACAAGUGUGUGAAUUGAAUAUUAAAGGUGAUUCCAGGCCAAGAAACAAGUGAACUACGGGCGAAUAAUAGUUCUUGUUUUCGAUGCACAGCAAGUAGUGUGUGCUGAGAGUACGCAGCCACCGACCUGGUCGCGGCGGGCGAAAUCAUUUCCAGAGACUCCUCGGUCGAAUUUUGGGUGGAAAAGGAGAAAGUUUGGUGUGUGCUGUGUACCGGAAUGAAAGGAAGUGGACCUGAAUAGUGACGGUCGCUGCAGGUCGGCCAGCCUGUUCCUCCGCGGUAGCGUAAAAGAAUGCUGGGCUGGUGCGUGAAAUAGAAAUUUCCUGGCAAGCAAACUGGUUUUUUCGAUUGUCUUUUGUUUUUUUUUCUUGCGCGAGUUUCGAAUGCACGCGACGGGCGGAAGGAAUCUUGGGUCGUUUCUGCGUUCGCGGCGGCGGCGGUGACUCUCCGGGAACGACGAGUUUUCUGUUGGUGGCGACCGGGUCUGAUCUCGACAAUUCAGUAAGUACCAAUGCCUGUGAUUCGGGAUUCAUUGUUUUGAUCGUUGCACGGAGUCGCGGCUGUGCUACCACACGCUCCCUUAAAGGGUUUCGGGAUUAAUUGGUGAAAAGUUACAAGAUCUGAACACUGGACUGGAGAUCCUGCAGUCAACCAUCGAAGAACUCUCCAGGAAUUUCAGAACUUCACCAUCACCGCUCAUCAAUUCUCACCUAGUCAAUUAUAAAAACGAAAAAACAGGAUUCAACGUCUCUCGUAUUUCUGCGAAUUCUCGAUAUUUUUGAAGCCAAUUUGAUGGUGCACCAAUCGGGGGUCAUCCUUGGCUUUUCGGUUCUACGUGUAAAAGAGGAACAUCUAACGAAUUGAUGACGACAAAAAAAUGCCAAAAAAGUACAUAAUGUUGUGCUGUUGUGAUGAAGUUUUAUAUAAAAUUGGUGAAAAUAAGAAAACGUGUGAUUGUUACAUCAACGGUAGACGCGAGUGUAAAAUGUUAGAAGUCUGAAAGCAGAAAAAAAAAGUAUAAAUGGAAUGAGGAAGACAACAAAUAGUGAUGAUUCGAAUAUACAAUAAAACAAUCAUUGUACAAUACAAAUGGCUGCUUAAAAUUCAUUGCUGAACCAAUCCACGCUGAAUAGCGAUGUACAAUCGAUGCCCGCAUUUUAAUGAGGGUAUUUUACCCAUAUUUCCCAUAAAGUCUACAACAUCGACAACAACAACAAACGAAUUGUUUCAUGGCGGUGCUAUCAUAAAAUUAUCAAUAUAUUUUAUAAUAUCAUUGCUAAUUUUAUUGCCAAGGAAAUCAUUAGCGGCUGGUCUACAAUACGAAACAGCAUAUGCAUGCGAAGGGAAAACCCUGACUAUCUCAUGCGAUCCAGGCUAUCUAAUAAGUCUGAUACGGGCAAAUUAUGGGCGUUUCUCUAUAACGAUAUGCAACGAUCACGGCAAUGUCGAAUGGAGUGUGAAUUGUAUGUCGCCGAAAAGUUUAAGAGUUUUACAUUCCAAGUGUACACAUAAGCAGAAUUGCAGCGUUUUAGCAAGUACAAAUAUGUUUGGCGAUCCAUGUCCUGGCACCCAUAAAUAUCUGGAAGCCCACUAUCAAUGCAUUUCGGCGGCACAGACUUCCACGACCACAACCCGACCUAGUCCGCCAUGGCUGAUUACAAAUUCGCCAAACAUUUGGAGUACUUCAACAAUACCAGCAACGGUUACAUCGUCAAUGAAGAGCACGUCAGGACAUCAAACUCCUACCACAGCGCGAAUAGGAAGCAUCCAUCAAAUGGUCCUCCCCCAGAAGCCCCCGCCACAGUCAAAAGGUGCUGAAACACCGGGCACCUCACAAGGGUCGGGUGGUCCUAGUACUGGAAGUGUUGGUACAAGUCAAACUAAUAUUCACUUGGCCGGUGGACGACCACCAAUUGUUGAUCCUUUUGAUACUCGAGGCUCAGCUUCACGACCAACAAAUACGCCAUUUUCAAAUCGAGGUGGUGUCCUGCAGUCCAGUCGAACAUCAGUAAAUAGCAGCAGCCCGGCAGGUGAAGCCAGUGAGAAUGGGGCUGAUAGUGGUACAUUCAAUCGGACACAAUCGACUCCAAGUGAUGAUGCGGGCAGGCAUGAAUCGCAGGAUCAGUCGAAACACACGAACCGCAACGAAGACAAUUCAAUAUACAAUCAGCAGACUUUGACCACACAAUCACCUUCAGUAUUAGUUAACAACAAUAAUAAUAACUACGAUGGUUCCAUCGAUAGCGGCUACUACUGUGGUCCUACAACAAUGCGAAAUCUUUUCUGGAACGUGACUAGGGUGGGGGAAGUGAACGUUCAACCAUGUCCCGGAGGUGCAUUCGGAAUCGCUAAGUGGCGUUGUGUCCUCCAACAAAUCGCUUCAUCAUCAAAUCGAUCGGACGUUCAGAUGAUCCUGAGCGACUGUGCCUCAAGGAGUUGUGAGACCCAACAUCAAUUGAGCUCGAGUCGAAAUAGUCCCCACCGAGCGGUCUGGCAUCCCCUGACCCCAGACCUCACACAGUGCCGAAGUGUGUGGAUCAACAAUCUCGAGAUCAGCGUCAACCAACGAGACUCCUCCUUGAUAUCCAUUGCCAACGACCUGUCGCAGAUAACCAGUAGUAAAACCCUAUACGGUGGUGAUAUGUUGGUCACAACAAAAAUAAUUCAAACAAUGUCCGAAAAGAUGGCAUACGAUAUUGAAACAUUUCCGGAUCAGAAGCAACGUGAAGCUAUCAUCACGGAAUUAUUGAGUGGUGUGGUGAAGACCGGAUCAAAUUUAUUGGAUAUUUCGCACAAACAUACGUGGCUGGAUUUGAGUUUUGAAGAUCAAAUGCGUGUGGCUACAUCAUUGCUUACGGGGCUGGAGGACAAUGCGUUUUUGUUGGCCGAUUCGAUAAUUCGGGAGCGGACAGUUGUGCAAAAAGUGAAGAAUAUACUUCUAUCAAUUCGUGUGUUGGAAACACGCAACAUUGUUGGCAAUGAAGUAUUUCCGGACGGCAAGGUUGAACAGUGGGAUGUGAGCGAGGAUCGUAUUGAACUCCCUCGAGGUGCACUCGUUGAGAAUAGUGAGGCGGGUCUUGUACGAAUUGUAUUUGUUGCAUUCGAUAGACUUGAGACGAUAUUAAAACCAUGGCUAAACCACUUGGAUGUGAAGUUUACAAAAGGUGAAAUGCAACGCAAUCACUCUAAAAAUACAGCGGGCAUUCAACAGAAUCGCAUUUUAAAUAGUAAAGUGAUAUCAGCCAGUUUGGGUAAGGGACGACAUAUACAACUAUCGCAGCCAAUACGAUUGAUCCUGCGACAUUUAAAAGUGGAAAAUGUCACCAAUCCCGUUUGUGUAUUUUGGAACUAUAUUGACCAUGCCUGGUCAGAAGAUGGUUGCUAUUUGGAGCAUACAAACCAUUCACACACGAUUUGCAUGUGCAAUCAUCUAACAAAUUUCGCCAUAUUAAUGGACACAACAGACGACACCGCACCGUCUCUGCUUUCGCUGUUCAAUAACAACAUCCGAAUUUUAAUCUACAUUAGUAUCGCCAUAUGUAUUAUAUUUAUAAUAGUAGCAAUUUUAACGUUAAAAUUAUUUAAUGGAAUUUUUGUAAAGUCUAGCCGCUCGUCUGUUUACAAGAAUAUCUACGUGUGCUUAUUUAUUAUCGAAAUUUUAUUCCUAUUUGGAAUUGAACAAAGCGAAACAAAUGUUUUGUGCGGCUUUACAACAGCAUUUUUACAUUGUUUCGUGCUUUCAGCUAUUGCUUGGUUAUUCUUUGAAGGUUUUCAAUUAUAUUUGACACUAACUACAGACGACAUGUUUAUAGAAGUGGAAAAUUCCUCGAAAUUAAUAUGGUAUUAUCUAUUAUCAUAUGGUUUAUCAUUUACUAUAGUUGCCAUAUCUCUGGCCAUUGAUCCGGGGACAUAUACGCAAAGUGAUUUUUGCGUUCUAAUGGAACCAAAUGCACUUUUCUAUACAACAUUUUUAGCUCCUGUUGUGAUAUUUGUAAUGGGUGCAAACAGCUAUUCUAUUCUCUCUGCUUAUAUCAUGUGUAAGAAGAGCAAGACAACAUUGAAAAACAAGGAGCACAGCAGACUGUCUAGUAUAAGAUUUGAUUUACGUUGCUCAUUCCUAUUUCUGACCAUACUCCUAGCCGAUUGGGUGUUCGCCUACCUAUACCUAAGAAAGGCGAAAUUCGAAGAAAGUGUUUCGCUAUUUUAUGGGUACAUUUUCAUUGCUUGUAAUUCGAUAAUGGGCGUGUAUAUAUUUAUAUUUCAUUGUAUUCAAAAUGAGAAGAUUCGCCACGAGUACCGCAAAUACAUACGACAAAAUUCUUGGUUACCAAAAUGUUUAAGAUGUUCCAAGGUAUCCAUCUCAUCGUCGGCCAGUCAGCAUCAACAGCACUACGGGACAACCACUAGCAAGAAAAGUCCAAUUGCCGCUGUACCAAGUGCACAUUCAGUUUCGAAUCCAAGCAUAGUGCCAUCAUCGUCAGCUCCAUACUUAUCUGAAGAUCAGGACCUGGCAGCUCAUUCCUGCACAAUUGUAGAUUCGGUCACGAAGGUGUCAGCUGCUGACCUUCGGCAAAAUAUAUUUUUGGAUCAAGCGACAGGCGGAGGAACAUUACGUGGUUUCAGUGGUUCCGCCAUCGCAAGCGGUGGUCACAUCUCGCCAGCUUCAUCGGCGGGAUCGACGCAUUUGAUAUUCAAUUCUACCCAGAAUGAUCAUUCGCAGGACUGGAGUUUCCAACUGUCGAAACCGGGACAGCCACAGCAUUUUCCAUCACACUCUGGAAAUGCCGACUUUAGUGCUAGAAAUCUAAAUAUUUACGACGCUAAGUACCUAAAUUAUGACUGCAAAUCGAACAGGGCUAAGCAGCAUCCGAUGGGUGGUAACACGAUGAGAAGUUGUCAUACAUCUUCUGCAGAACAUGCUCCGCAGCAUCAUCAUGAGUAUUUCUAUUGGGGUGAAAACAAUCCCUCGCCUAAAAAGCAAAGGAUUAAUGGCGAACUGAAAGCAACUUCUCAAAAAUCGGAUAAUGUUCAUUCGUUUUACCCAUCGUAUAAGAAGACGCCACGUCACUAUCCGAUGCCACCAGGAGGUGAUCAUGACAAACUAAAAAAUGACUGUGAUUUCCCAGACACGGAUCCCCGACUCUAUCAUUAUCCAUCGGAUGAUGACCGUACUGAAUCCCACGUUGUUCUACCGCGACCCAAUGUUAAGGGUUUCGGAUCCGAUAAUGGAUUCGAUGGUUUCUCCACCAGUUAUAGACCACAACAACAACGUUAUCGUCAAAAAUAUUUGGGUGGUGGAGAUUUCGCUGAAACCAUGCCUUUACCGGCAGUUCCAAAUCAGGAUCUGACCAGUUGCCCGCCGAAUAAUGCAGCAUCUUCAUCGUAUUAUAGUCGUAGUCCUACGGCUGGUAUGGAUGAACCAGUUUAUGAGGAGAUUUUAAGCAAUCGUGCGUCGGAUUUUCAUGAAGACUCGGAUGGUGAUGAAGAGGAUGAUGAUGACGAGGGGUUAGAUGAUCGUGACGAUGGUGGCAGAAUGGGAAAAGAAGAACAUUAUAAUCGUAUGCGAAGGCUGCUGGCCAGUAAGGAGGAUAGCGGAUUAGGUGGCAUGGAACCAUUGCGGCAAUCAUUUAAUCGAUAUCAUAUGAAACAAUCUGAAUUCGAUUAUCCCGUACAAUCAGCAAAAGGUAUGAAGAUUCCAUCGAGCAAUUCUGGAAGAAUAGGUAGUGAAAAUUCUUUUAAUAAUGUGUGGUCACAGCAACAGCAACAGCAACAACUUCAGCAACAACCGCAACAACAACUGCAACAGAUGCAUCAACAGCAGCAACAACAAAUUGUUGGUAGGACGCUAUCCGCCAUGUUAGAUGAAAAUAACACAGUUGUAUGCUAUUUGGAACCAUUGCCAAAAUGAUGACAUCAUACCGCUGGCAACAACUAAGUUACGCUGAAAAUUAAGUUUUAAUAUCAUAGGGACAUGUGCAGAGGGGGGAGAGAGAGAGAGAGAGAGAGGAAAAGUCGUCAUUGCCACCGCUCACUUUGGAACGCCAGUUAGUGAAAGCAAAAAAAAAAGAGAGAAACAUCAAGCUUCAAUCACAGUGUACAUUGCACGAGAACUUAUACCAAGAUUUAAGGUAACACCCCCGAAAUCGGACCACGAGGCUAUCUAAAUUGGAUCAUGAGACCACAAAACGAAAAACUCUCCAAACCUUGGUCAAGCCUGUUCGUCAUGUUGCACCCCUUGAGGUAGUGAGGUAGUCUGGCUGCUAAUAUCAUUUUGAGGAGCAACUGUAGUUACUGAUUGCCAGUUGUUUCAGCUAGUCAGUUCAGUUUCGUGUAGUGUACAAUUUAGUAAGGAAAUAUUAUCUAGCAUACUAUCGUGUUAUAAAAUCAUUGAAGCGAAAAACAAACAAUUUGUAUUUAACUCUAUCUCAUUUGUCAAUAGCUGUGAAGCUUUUUAAUAUUUUUAGGUAGGUAGGGAAUGAAAGUAUCUUUACCGAUAGAUUAUAAAGAAAAAUCCGAAGGGAAUUUUUAAAUAAGAACAUGACUAUUUUCAUGUUUCAUUUUCAUGAGCGAGGGCUAACACAAUAUGAUGAAUGAAAUUUUUGAAAUAGGCAAGCAAAGACAUAUUUUUUGUUACACUGAUGUUAUGAAACAUUUGCCGCUAAAAGAGGAGGCGUCAAAAUGGAAUAGGUAUGAUAAAUUUUAAAUAUUUAGGGAAAUAAAUAAAAGACGAACAAAAAAAAAAUAUAUAUAAUAUAUAAAGAGUGAAGAGAGAAGACAUAAACAGAUAGAUCAAAUAAAAAUUACUGAGUGGUAUUAUUGUGUUUGUAUCUAACAUCUCUUUAGGACUAUAUGAUUGAUUACACUGCACCAUAUUGAAAAAAAAAAGCAAAUGUUAAAUAGAACGUACACGAAUUGAAACAAAAAGAAAAAAUUCUAAUAUUUCGCCACGCUAUUUCCCUAAAAUUCCGUCCAAUUAAUAUGCAAUCAAAACCAAUUACAGUAACCUUAUUCUCCUUUAAACUGACAAAUCUCUCUAAAUUAACGGCCCUCUCUAAAUCCUUUCUAACUAUCUUCCUUGUCCAUACCGAAUUAAGCUGUCGGAGCUUUAUAAAAUGCAUGGACCUUAUCUUUUUUUAGGUUGAAAUGUUUAUUUCUGAAAUAGUAAUAUGGUCUUAUCCUCAUGAUCCUUUCGCUUUUGUUCCCAAGAUCCUGGUUUACCUAAAUCAAUUGAUUGAAAAACUGCCCUUACCCCUGCCCUGCACUUCUUUCGAAAUCUGGUGAGGUGGAAACCGACCCGUUGAAAUGUCAAAUGUUCUACAUAUUUAAUAUAUAUACUCAUAUACAUAUAAACAUAUAUUUUUGCUAUUCGAAUUGAAAUCACCCUUCCACCCCCUUCUCCUCAUCCAUCCCUCUUUCACAAUCUCCUCGUCCAUCUCUCUUUCACAAUCUCCCCGCCCCCCCUAGGAAUAUCUAAACGAUUUUCGUAAAGCACUGAAGUUCAUGUGGAAUGUAAAAUAAAAAUAUUAAAAAAAAAAAAAAUGGAAAACAAAUACAAAAAUUAAAAAUUGCGAUAGUAUAUGUUGCAAAAAAUUCCAAUAGUAUAUUGUGUGUUACAAUAUAACAUAUAAUGAGUAGAUAAAUGGAUAAAAGAUACUGGAAAAGAGUAAAAGAACCUUUUGAACACAAAACUGACAUAAAAAAAAUAACUUAGAAAUGAUAUGAAAAGUUGAUAGACAACAAAAGUGAAUUGAAAAUCUAGAAAUUGUGUACGAAAGAACAACAGAAUUAAAUUCGAAUCGCGACCAUAUUUAAAUAGGACUAUACUGUAAAGUUAACUGUAAAUAGGGACGAUGAUUAUGUUGAUAUGGUUUUGAAGGAAAGACGGACAUAUUUUUUAUAGAAAUUUCAAAUUAAAUAGAAAGAAAAAUACAUUUUUC